UUCUUGUCAAUGUUUAGAAACAAGUGGAACGUUGAGCGAACAAGACGUGCGUUCUCGCAUGAGAAAGUUUUGAAGUUUGCGCAGUGACUUUAGUGCGAUCGAAGCGUUCGGUGGAAACACAUGGUUCGCCACUCCGGCCACGGCAUGGAGCCCACUUUUUAUGACGAACAGUAUCCCCUCAACGGCCCCGUGGAGAACCUGAAGCGGACUCUCACCCUGGACUUGGACAUGGGGCGGGGCGUGAAGCGCGCGCGGAUGAACAACGCGCCGGUGCUGUCCUCGCCCGACCUGCACAUGCUGAAGCUGGGCUCGCCCGAGCUGGAGAAGUUGAUCAUCCAGAACGGCAUGAUCACCACGGCCACGCCGACGCCCGGCGGCGCGGCGCUGUUCCCGCCCGUCAUGCCCACGGAGGAGCAGGAGCUGUACGCGCGGCCCUUCGUGGAGGCGCUGGACAAGCUGCACCACGGCGAGCCCGCGGCGCCGCUCGGCCGGCGCGUGUACGCCGACCUGGACCGGCCGCUGGAGCGCUACCCCACGCCCGUCGUCAAGGACGAGCCGCAGACCGUGCCCAGCGCCGCCAGCUCGCCGCCGCUCUCGCCCAUCGACAUGGACACCCAAGAACGAAUCAAACUGGAGAGGAAGCGACAGAGGAAUCGGGUGGCCGCCUCCAAGUGCCGGCGGCGGAAACUCGAGCGCAUCUCGAAGCUGGAGGAAAAGGUGAAGGUGCUGAAGGGCGAGAACGUGGAGCUGGCGCAGAUGAUCGUGAAGCUGAAGGACCACGUGCACCGGCUGAAGCAGCAGGUGCUGGAGCACGCCAACGGCGGCUGCCACAUCGACUCGCACUUCUGAUCGCGUCGCUGCAGCCCUUCUCCACAUUCCAAACUAGUCGCGCCCGCCAGGACGCAGCAUACAAAGCGAUUUGUGAUGUUAAUUUUACUGUGUAAUAUAUAGUUAAAUAUGAACCCUAGUGUUAAGGUGUGAAAGUCGCUACAUUGUGAAUGCCGUGGACUUAUCGUUAAGUUUGAGAGAUUAGGUUGCCAGUGAUGUGUUAUGGCAGAACCUCCGCUCGCGACGACCGAUCGCCGAGCGUUUGUCGUGGAAGUUCGUAGCGAGGAAUGUACUUAGCGCAAGUCACAACUGCAAAAGCUUUAGCUUUACUUGUAAGUUGGAGAACUGUUGUUUUCUUUGUAUCAGUAUUGCGUUAUCUCAUUAAGAAUAGUGUAGAAACUAGAAAGGAUAAUCUUGCUACGUCACUCGUGUGUAGACUGAACGAGGUUGAAGCGACGUUGCCAGUUUUACAGUGAAUUUCCCGUUUCAGCGAUGUUGCCGCUCUUGCCUCUCUGAAUUGGGGAUUUCCAUUGUUCAUUUCUACAAUAUUUACCCUAAGCUUUAUUUUUCCUGUUUUCUUGUGAUUAAGACUAUGUAUUUGAUUGCUCGUUUGGUGCAAAUCGUAUUGACGAACAAAGAAAGACCAAUCGUUUAUCAUAUAGGCAAAACAGCUGGUGCGAAAGAGAUAGGGUAAUGUAAAACUGACAACGGCGCAUAAAACCCAAGUCACGAGCGGAUGUUCUGCUAAUUAAAAUUCCGCCUGCGCCGCCCUCGCGGAAUGGCGGCCAUGUGUUCAACUGUCGGACGUUCCGAUUCACGUUUUGGUUGCACAAGGUUAACUUUUUUUGUAAAAGAUUAAGGCGUUCAGCGCCAUCGUAAAAAGGAACGUUACAGCUCGCUGCUUAUUGUUUUAGAUGAAGUUAAACGUGCUUGUAUGAGAGACUGAUCGAAUCUGAGAUUUGUGUGCCUUGUAUGAAAGAGAAAGCGUGUAUUGCGCAAAGUAUUUUCCCCAAUAGGUAUGUAAAAUGUUGUCUCAGAACUGACCCGGUGCUCUUUACUGUAGAGGACGCGACUUUUGUAACAUGAGGCCGUCCUUUUAAUGUGUAAUUUGUGUACGAACAGAGCAUUUCGUAACUGAGCGCCGUCUGAUUGUGAUUGUGCGUGACGACGAGUGACUGCGAGACGUACGUAUUUAUUUGUGAGAGUGUUUACCUUUAGGAUGAAGUAGCAAUCUCGAGUGCCUACGCUUUGUAAACUAAAGCUAAAUAUGUUUAUAUUGUUUUUGUUACCAUUAAUGUGCUACAGUAAUGGUUCUGUACCAUUGUCUUCUAUAGAUGUAAGUAACAUAAUACCAAUUAACAAGAAGAUUGUUAUAUUUGGGGAGCGGGCCGUGUCGAGCCCUCACAUAAUAAAGUUGUUUACUUUCCGCACGGCCGGCGAACCUAAUUUGUAUUAUUUUUAUACAAAAGUUUCGACAAAAUGUUAACAGUAAUUUGUAAGUUUAUAAAGAUAAAGAAAUAAUAUAUU